AUGCGUUGUAUAACAGGCUUCCUCGGAAGUUUCCUCUCUUGGGGCGCCUUCGUUCCGUUGAGUAGACUCUCGUUCGGAAUCUAUAUCCUGCAUAUGCCGUACUUUGUUACGUCAUACUACGUGGCCAGAGAGCGCAUCUUCUACUCAUUCUACAGUGUGAUCUCGAAGACGAUUUCAAUUUUUAUCUGGAGCGCGUUCCUCAGCUAUUUUGUCUUUGUGCUAUGCGAAUGCCCCACCGGCAAUAUUGAAAAGAUGACCUUUAUGCCAGAGCGGCUGAGAAGGACGAAGCAAGAAAACAAACUUGCAAAUAAUGGCGCCGAACAAUACGGAAAUGGAAAGAAAAGCCCAGGACUGAAAAUAUCACAGGCAAACUCUCCAGAAUUUAAUGGCGAUAUUAAAGAUUACUAUUGCCAUUUAUAGCUGGACGAUGCUCUAGCAGGGAGUUUUUCAAUUACA